UUUUGUUUAAAUCAAUUUUAUCUUUGACUAUAUAUUGCAACAAAAGUAUUACACGAAAUGUUUUUUAAUAUAACUUCUAUAUAUUCAUUUAUAUUAUAAUAUUAAAUUAUUAUAAUGAUUUGAAUGAUAUUUAAAAUAAUAUUAUCUUGUUUUUUUUUGUGUUAUAUUUUAACCUGACAUAUCGUUGAUCAUAACCACUUAAUUGUGUGAACUGAUUUUAUUGAAAACAUGAAUCGUGUAUUUAAGUUUGAACAAAUUAAUAUAAUAAUCACUAUUUUUAAUAAAAGUCGUAUGUUUAAUUCUAUAAAAUAAUAUAAACUUUUAUAGAAUCAGUACUCAAAUAAAAUUAAAUAAAUUAAAAGAUAUGUGACAUAAUAAUAAGCAACUGUAUCAGAUAGUCAAAUAAAAUGAUGAAGAUUUAUAAAAAACUUGCUAUCAUUUCUUUAAUAGGUUCAGUGUUAACAAUUAUUGGAUUAAUUACAGGAAUUCUUUGGUCUACAAUUUAUUCUUCAAUUAUACAUACGCAAUUAUCUUUAACACCUACAUCUACAAGUUACAAGCUUUGGGAAGUAACACCUAUUCCUAUGUAUCUGAAAUUAUAUAUGUUUAAUUUAACAAAUUAUGAAAAUUUUAUUUCAAUUAAUGGAUCAAAACCAAAUUUUGUGGAAAUGGGUCCUUAUGUAUUUAGAGAAGUUGAUUAUAAAGUAGAACAAAAAUGGCAUGAAAAUGAUACUAUAACUUAUCAAAGAAAAAGAGUAUGGUAUUUUGAAGAAUCUUUAUCAGCAGGAAGUUUACAAGAUAAUGUAACUAAUAUAAAUCCUAUAACUGCUAGUGUUGCAUAUGCAUUAAGAUAUCAAAAACCUCUUUUUCGUAAUAUAGUAGAUAAAAUAAUGAAAGCAAUCGAUCAAAAAUUAAUAGUUACCAAAACUGUUAAUGAAUUACUUUUUGAAGGUUAUGAUGAUCCUAUGUUGAAAAUUGCUCGAAAGAUGAAUUUUACUAAAAUUCCUUUUUCUAAAUUUGCUUGGUUUUAUGGGAGAAAUGGUUCUGCAAGUUAUGAUGGAACAUUUAACAUGCUAACUGGUAAAUCUAAUUUACUUAAUGUAGGAAUAGUCAAAGAAUGGAAUUUUAAUACUAGAGUAAAUUAUUAUCCUGGAGAAUGUGGAAUAGUUAAAGGUACAAAUGGUGAUUUAUGGCCACCAUUACCUGAUAAUAAAACUAUUUCUUUCUUUGUACCUGAUAUUUGCACGAGUAUGUCAAUAACAUAUGAUAAUACAACUAUUCAUGAAGGAUUAAGAGGCGCUAGAUAUAUUAGCGAUGAUACAAUAUUUGAUGAUGGUACAAAAGUAUCAUCACGUAAAUGUUAUUGUGUAGGAGAGUGCAUUCCCUCUGGAGCAUUAAAUAUUUCAUUAUGCAAAUGGGGUGCUCCAGCAUUCAUCAGUUUACCACAUUUUUAUUUAGCAGAUCGAAGUUAUAGAGAAAAUAUCAAGGGAAUGGAACCUAAUAAAGAAAAACAUGAGCUUUCAAUAUCCAUAGAACCGAAAACGGGUGUUCCAUUAAACGUAAAUGCAGCAUUACAAUUAAAUUUAUUGAUACAAAAUGAUGCUCAUAUGAGCAUGUUUAAAAAUGUUAAAAAAACAUUUGUACCAAUGUUAUGGUUUACUCAAGAAGCUUAUUUAACUGCUAAUUACGCUCGUAUUAUAAAAUUUAUUAUUAUUCUGGAAUCUUUAGGUAGCAUAACUUGUUAUGGUAUUGCCUGUAUUGGCAUUUUAUUUAUAUCUAUCGGCAUUUUCUUAUAUAUUAGACAUAAUUUUAGAGGAGAAGAAAAUCAAGUUUUAUUGUCAAAAAGAUUUAUUAACAAUGAUGAUAUUACUAGUAUUAAUGGAUGAUUAGUAUAUGAAUAUUAGAUUAUAUAAAAAGAUAUUGUAAUCAAUGUGACCAAAAGAUAAAAAACGGUCUUCGAAAUUCAAGAGUUUUUAAACUUCAUUGAAACUGAUAUAAUAUAAGAUAAUAUCAAAAUAUUUGUGAAAAUAUUAUAUUAAUAGAAAUUUAAUGCAUUGUUUAUAAACAUGCUUUUAAAUUGUACGAUAAUCAAGUGCCUCAUUGCUUUAGUAAAAAUGGAUAUUAGAAUUAGCAUAAAAAUAGAUAUCUCAAAUAUUUGAGAGUGAUAUGCACAUAGCAAUUUAAGAUUAAUAUAAAUUUACUUUCCUAAACAAAGAAUAGAAAUAUAAAUUUUUGUCUUUAUCUCUCCUAUUUUUCUAGUGAUUCAAAAUAUAUAUUAUAUUAGAUAUAUACAUAUUUUUAUCUAUAUAAAAUAUAAAAAAAUAAUAAAUACAGAAUCAUAUUUAUCAAGUUUAAUUCAUGUUAAUAUUUAUUAUGUAGUUGAAAUUAUAGCAAUUACAAUGCUGUUACAGCUGUGAUAAUUAAAUUUUUCUUUUAUUAAUAAAAAUUCGUAGAAAAUAAAAGAUAUUAAUUUUAUACAAA